AUGCAAGACGCGCCUGUGGAAAUCAUCUGGGCAUACGGAGAUAAGGACCCAGGGAUCCUGGAGCAACCUCACUAUCACUUUCGCAACCGGGGGGGACGCCGCCUGUCCAUCCUCGACGACGUCCCCAUCGCCCUUCUGGAAGAUGUGGUGGAGGAUUCAUCGAAUAACGGAACGGAGAGUAUCGAAUGAGGACACCAGCAUUUUCACCUCCCCGAUACCCACGUGUCGAACGGCUCUUCUCGUCGCUUCCGAUUUGGAACUUCACAUCGUCACUUCUUCACUGCAGCACAUUUUUAAAAAUAUGUUUAUCCUUAGUCUCCAGUCUUCGCCGAAUUCUUACUGACCCUCGCUAAUCGUUCGAUUCGGCAGCAUUCAAUUCCAUUA